GUUAUCAUGUUUUCUCACGCAGCUGCAUAUGACCCGUUGGAUCCAAAUGGCAACAUUACAAUCAAAUGGGAUGUUAUGUCCUGGACUCCUGAUGGUUAUGUGGCGGUGGUGACAAUGACCAACUUCCAAAUGUACCGGCACAUAAUGAGCCCGGGCUGGACCCUGGGGUGGGUUUGGGCGAAGAAGGAAGUGAUAUGGUCAAUGGUGGGAGCUCAAGCCACUGAACAAGGAGACUGUUCCAAGUUCAAAAGCGACAUUCCACACUGUUGCAAGAAGAACCCCACAGUUGUGGACUUACUUCCCGGAGUGCCUUACAACCAACAGAUUGCCAAUUGUUGUAAAGGUGGUGUUGUGUCCUCUUGGGGACAAGACCCUUCGGCUGCUGUCUCCUCCUUCCAGGUCAGUGUUGGGCGCUCAGGCACUUCCAACAAGACCGUGAAGCUGCCUAAGAACUUCACUUUGACGGGUCCUGGCCCCGGCUACACUUGCAGCCAGGCAAAGAUUGUUCCCUCCACUGUUUUCAUCUCGGCUGAUGGUCGUCGAAGAACUCAAGCUUGGAUGACUUGGAACGUGACGUGUACGUACUCGCAGUUGCUCGCUUCUCAGUACCCGAAAUGCUGUGUCUCCUUGUCAUCAUUCUACAACUCUACCAUCACUCCUUGUCCAACUUGUGCUUGUGGCUGCCAAGAUAAAAACAGAUGCGUCGAAAGUGAUUCAAAGCUUUCAAGUGUUGUGAAAUUGCACAAACAAACUAAAGAUAAUGCCCCAUUGCUUCAAUGCACCAAACACAUGUGCCCAAUUCGAGUACAUUGGCAUGUGAAGCUUAACUACAAGGAGUAUUGGCGUGCCAAGAUUGCAAUCACAAACUUCGAUUAUCACUUGAAUUACACACAAUGGACCCUUGUUGUUGAGCAUCCAAAUCUCAACAAUGUCACUCAAGUUUUCAGCUUCAACUACAAGCCAAUCGCCCCCUAUAAAUCCAAGAAUGAUACUGGUCUGUUUUAUGGGCUAAAAUUCUACAAUGAUGUCCUAAUGGAAGCCGGGCCAGAUGGAAAUGUUCAGUCAGAAAUAAUACUUAAGAAGGAUGUAGAUUCCUUCACAUUCAAGGAAGGUUGGGCUUUCCCUCGCAAGGUCUACUUCAAUGGUGAUGAAUGCAUGAUGCCCCCACCUGAUUCGUACCCGUAUCUCCCCAGUUCUGCCCAUUCAACUCUACUCACAAUCCUACCAAGCUUGGCUUUCUUUUGGGUUUUGGUUACAUUGGCCUUUUUUUUUGAUCAUUUAAUUAUAUGA